AUGGAUGACGACAAGUUCGACCUGUACAGCGACGACCUGUACUCGGAUGUGUUGGGCAAGGCGGAGAACGAGGUGGCUGUCAAGACAGAGGCCGAACCUGAAGCCGAGACCUCUGGCAACUCGUCGAAGCGGCAGCGGGCGGACUCUCACGACGAGAAGCCCAAUUUACCUCCUGUCCCAUCGACCUCGCACCUCGAUGACGCGCUGUCCACACUUCCACCCGCGCCCAUCCGCACCCUAGCCAGCCGGCCCCGACCAACCGACCCAUCGGUGCAAAACGCCCUCUACAUCGGCGACCUCAACUGGUGGGCGUCCGACUCGGAGCUCCUCACCAUCGCCUCUUCCCUCGGCAUCCAGCUCAGUCUCCAAGACAUCACCUUCUCGGAACACAAAGUUAACGGCAAAUCUAAAGGCGUUGCCUACGUCGAGACGGACAGCGAAGCGGAUGCGCGCAAGAUCAAGGGGUGGUUUGACGAGAACGAUUUCCAGUUCAGGAGGGCCAAUGUGACCUUGACGACCAGUGCCAAUGGCAACCCGUUUAGGACGCUACCUAAGGACCCACUGCCAAAGGCGGAGAGAAGUGCAAGAGGCGGACCCGGGGGUGGCAUGGGGAUGGGAGGGAGAGGCGGAAUGGGUGGUGGGAGAGGCGGGGGGAUGGGAGCCGCGCCCAUGGCAGGAGCACCGAUCAGAAUGGGCGGCAACGCAGCACCAAUGGGCAUGAUGAACCCGAUGAUGAUGGGUAUGAUGGGCGCAAAUGGGCCAGGGACGGGUGCGAACGGUGGUGGCAGACCCUACGGCAGGGGCGGCGGAAGAGGCGGUGGUUGGGGCAACCGUGGUGGUCGAGGUGGGGGGCAACAGCAGGGUGGUCACUUCAAUCCCAACUUUUUCGGCGCUGGUGGCAUGAUGGGCAUGCCUAUGGGUCCCAUGGGUGGCAUGGGGAUGGGCGGCAUGGCGAUGGGAGGAGGGCAGCAGGGCGGUCCACCAGGAAUGGGCGCCGACGAUCGCGAACGAAAACGCCAUAGGAUGGACGAGAAUUGA